AUCGAUCGCCGGCAUAUCACCCCCACCGCUGCCCCUGAAUGAAAUGACCUAAUACACUAACCUAGUAAAUGUCACGGUCUAGCGGGGGUUGUAUCGCCUAAUACAUACCUAGGUGGGUAUGGUACAGCACCAGACCCACGAUCCAGCCAUAGUUUUGAGCGAGCUUAUCAGGCCCUCCUCUAUACGAUCAUUUUAUGAGCCUGAUAUACUUAUUCUUGCGCUGGUAGGAUGAAUGGCUACCUCUCGUGGUUGGGAUCCGUUCUAUCCUCUACGAGUGCUGAAUGCAACCUAGUAGAAUGCAGAGUGUGGGAGAAGUCUUAUUAUCCAUGCGGAGAAACACCGCACUGGACCCCCCCAUGACGUGUGAGAGCUCCCCGCACUCGCGGGCUUUUUAUAAGAGCAAACUAGUAACUCAUUAGCUGAGCUUACGUAGACGGUUGCUUGUAAUGUAUUUUUUUUUCCGUGCUGAACAGAUACAAUGCUCGAAAUUCGAUGCAGUGGAGCUGCUUAUGAGAUUGGGCUAGCGCAUGGUAGGUUGGCCAAAGAGAAAAUAGAACGGUCUAUAGGUUUUUAUAGACAACUUUUUCAAGAGUCUUGCUCACUGGGCUGGGCGGAAGUUCUGCAAGAAGCAUCAAAUUACUUCGAGUCCCUAAAGAGUAUCGCAUCACAAUACCUUGUGGAAAUCAAUGGAAUCGCAGAUGGAGCAAACAUACCAUUCUUGGAUAUUCUAGCGCUAAAUAUACGGUCCGAGAUCGCCUUUAGCCUCUUCUCCGAUAAAUCCAGAGGGAUAACCGACAUCCCCAGCGACGGAUGUACAAGCCUUGGCUUGCUAACUAAGUCAGAAUCAUUCCUCUGCCAGAAUUGGGACUGGAGAGUUGAACAAAGCCCAAACCUGAUAAUAUGCCACAUAUCACGCCCAGGGACAGACAUCCCAGAUAUCGCGAUGGUAACUGAGGCUGGUAUUAUCGGUAAAAUCGGGUUUAAUUCGAAAGGCGUAGGCUGUUGUCUAAACGCCAUCCGAUGUCGUGGCCUUGACAAGUCCAAGUUACCUAUACAUUUUGCGCUAAGGGCCGUGUUAGAAUCCAAGUCUCGCGAGGAAGCCGUGAAAAGGGUCAAGUCUUCCGGUGUUGCCGGAGGGGGUCAUAUCCUGGUUGGUGAUGCAACAGGUUCGACCGGUCUCGAGUGUACAAACCUCUGGGUGAAAGAGCUGCCUGUGGAUAAUCAGGGACGGGUUUGCCAUACAAAUCACCUUGUUCUCGAAAGUUCUGAUAUAGAUGAGCCUCCUUGGCUAGAAGAUUCCACCUUACGACUGGCGCGAAUCAAAGAGCUUACGUCUCAUAUCGCCCACCCUACGGUCGACACGGUCUUUGAAAUCUUCAAGGAUACUAAGGGAUAUCCCACGUCAAUAAACAGAAAACAGGAAUCCUAUGGCAAACCCGAGACGCUAUUCACCAUCAUAAUGAACCUAACAAACAAGAUAGCUCACAUUACGCUUGGUAGACCUACAGAGUAUAGCGAGCACAUCCUUUUGGCGUUUUGAGGCGACAACAGAAAUUGCAAACGUCGCCUAUCUCAUCAUAUGUAUGUAAAAUGAGUAGUCACUUCUUAAUAUUAUAUAUGUAUUGAUUAGAUGA